AUGAGAAGUUCUUUAAUGGAAAAAAUGGAGUCACUUCUUAACAUUUGGAUAGAAGAUCAAAAUCAGCGAAGAAUGUCAUUAAGUCAAAUGGUAAUUCAAAAGAAAGCACUAACUUUAUUUGAAGAUCUGAAAGAAGAUUAUCCAUUAUCAAGUGCCGAAAGUGCGGAAGAAUUUAAUGCAAGCAGAGGAGAAUCUGCUAGUGCUGAUACUUCAGCUGCAGAAAAGUUCAAACUUGAAUUAAAAGCAAUUAUUGAAGAAGGUGGGUAUUCUGCACAACAAGUUUUAAACGCUGAUGAAACGAGACUUUUUUGGAAACGUUUGCCAGGAAGAACGUACAUUUCUAAAUCCGAAAAAUCUUCGCCAGGUUAUAAAUCUAGCAAAGAUAGACUUACACUUCUUUUGGGAGGAAAUGCAGCGGGAGAUUUUAAAUUUAAGCCAUUUUUAAUUUACCACUCUGAAAACCCGAGAGCUUUUAAAAAUGUUAAAAAGAGCGAGCUUUCUGUUCAUUGGCGUGCAAAUAAAAAAGCAUGGAUGACUGCAUCCUUAUUUAGAGAUUGGAUGAACAAUUGUGCUGCUCCCGAGCUAAAGGCUUAUUGUUCUUCAAAAAAUAUUGAGUUUAAAAUGCUCUUGUUAGUUGACAAUGCACCAGGUCAUCCUGUUUUUUAA